UGAAGUCUUCCCAGUCUGCAUGAAACGUCACAGAUUGUCGUCCAUUGCUGCUGCACGAGUCCUCAUAUAUAUAUAUAUAUAUUCCUUUGUGUUAUCCAUGUACAUAACAAAUGAGGACUUAAGGGCAAGAAUUAUCGCAGUCUGUCUUUCAUUCGACAUAACGCAGAAAACACACUUCAUAUUUCUGCGCUGAUUCACGGGAUCUGUUGUAAACCGGACAUCUUCUCUCUUAUCAGGAGACACGCAGCUCUGGAGAAGAUCACGCAGAUGUGUGUUUAACAGCGAUCACAAGCCGAAAGUGCUUUAAAGACUUCCUUAUCUGUUUCUACAGAACAACAUUUACACAACGACUUCAAGUACGUUUGAAAAAUUAUGGAAAAUUAUGAACGGAUUUCAUAGAUAUAUGAAGCGAGACAGAGACACAGGGUCUUGUUCAGGACAUGAGGAACAUCUGAUGAUCUUCAGAGACACAAAGAUCUCAGAGAAGAGAAGAAAAAGAUGAGUCUCUCAAAGAAACAGAGUGAAAGAUCAGACUCAUGUGUGUCCAGCUCUGUGUCUGUGAAGAGUGACUGGUCAAAGGAUGACGUGCCGAACUUCAGUGAAGAACCAUCACGAACCAAACAGGUUCAUUAUGAAACAUUAGAUGCAGAUUUACAAACUAACAGGAACCGCAAAAAUAUUACAGACAAUCUCCUGCAGAUCUUCCAGGAUCUUGAAAGCAAAAUAAUAACAUUUUUAAAGAAAGAACUGAAAACCUUUAAAAAAAUACUACAAAAAGAGGACAUGCAAAACUUUGUGAAGGAUUUUAAUGAGAACAGAAGCAGUAACAGAGAAGCAGCUCUUGAUCUUACGCUUUACUUCCUGAGAGAGAUGAAGCAAGAUGAAGCUGCUGAUACUCUAGAAGAUGAGCUGUUCUUCAUUCAUCAGCUAAAGUGUAGCCUAAAGAAGAAGUAUAAGUGUGUGUUUGAAGGAAUCACAAAGCAAGGAGACUCUACACUUCUGAAGAACAUCUACACUGAUCUCUAUAUCACUCAGGGUUGUAGUGAACAAGUCAAUACUGAACAUGAGGUCAGACAGAUUGAAGUUGCUUCUAGGCGUCAUGAAUCACAAGACAUACAGGUUGAGUGCAAAAAUUUGUUUGAAGCAUCUGAACAAGACGAGCAGAUCAGAACUGUUCUGACAAAAGGAGUCGCUGGCAUCGGAAAAUCAGUCUCUGUGCAGAAGUUUGUUCUGGAUUGGGCCGAAGGAAAAGAAAAUCAAGAUAUCAGCUUCAUAUUUCCUCUUCCAUUCAGAGAGAUGAACUUAAAGGAGAAAGAAAAACUAAGUUUGAUGGACCUUUUAGCUCAGUUUUUCCCAGAGACAAAAGGACUGAAUCUUACGAGAAGAAAUCAGUUCAAAGUCCUGUUCAUUCUUGAUGGAUUAGAUGAAUGUCGACUUCCUCUAAACUUUAAGGAUAAUGAGAUAUUGUGUGAUGUUUCAUCAGCAGCCUCUCUGGAUGUUCUCCUAACAAACCUCAUCAAGGGAAAUCUGCUUCCUUCUGCUCUCAUCUGGAUCACCACCAGACCAGCAGCUGCCAGUAAGAUUCCUCCUGAAUGUAUCAAGCUGCUGACAGCGAUACGAGGAUUCAAUGAUGCACAAAAGGAGGAGUACUUCAGAAAAAGAUUCACGGAUCAGAAUCAGGCCAAAGAAAUCAUCGAUCAUGUUAAACAUUCAAAGAGUCUUUUUAUCAUGUGCCACAUCCCAGUCUUCUGCUGGAUUUCAGCCACAGUUCUCCAGAACAUUUUAGAAGAGAAAAGAAAAAAUGUGUUGAAAAAUAAUGAGUCUGAAGAUGCCUCCAAAACACUACAGGAGUCAAAUACUGAAGACACUCCUAAGACUCUGACACAAAUGUACACACACUUUCUUAGAUUUCAGAUCCAGCAGAGCAGAAGAAAGUAUGAUGGAGAACACACACCAGAUGUUUCAUGGGAUAAAGAUGCCAUCUUUUCACUGGGAAAACUGGCAUUUGAUCAGCUGGAAAGAAACAAUGUGGUCUUCUAUGACACAGAUCUGGAAGCCUGUGGUAUUGACGUCUAUAAGGCAUCAGUGUACUCAGGCAUGUGUACCCAGAUCUUUAAGGAGGAAACAGGGAUCGUUCUUGGUACCAUGUACUGCUUCGUUCAUUUGAGCAUUCAGGAAUUUAUUGCAGCCCUUUAUGCUCAUCGCUUUCUAGAAAUCAACAAGAAAAGUGUGUUUGAUCAAGACUCAGAACAGGCAAACAAAAGUGAAAUUGAUUUCCUCAAGACUGCAGUGGACAAGGCUCUAGAGAGUGAUAAUGGACACAUGGAUCUAUUUCUUCGAUUCCUCCUUGGUUUGUCACUCCAGUCCAAUCAGAGACUCUUACGGGGUCUGUUGACACAGCAGAAUAGAAAUGACCAGAUCAAAAAGGAAAUAGUUGAGUACAUCAAGCAGAAAUUAGAGGAUAAUCUGUCUCCAGAGAGAUCCAUCAAUCUGUUCUACUGUCUGAAUGAACUGAACGACCAAACUCUGGUGAAAGAGAUUCAGACCCACCUUAACAAAGGAAGUCUCUCAUCUGCUGACCUUUCACCUGCCCAGUGGUCUGCUUUGGUCUUUGUGUUGUUGACAUCAGAGGAGGAGCUGGAGGAGUUUGAUCUUCAGAAAUUCAAGGAAUCAGACGAGUGUCUCAUUAGGUUAUCAGCAGUCAUCAAAACCUCCAAAAGAGCUCUGCUAAGUGAUUGUGGUUUAACAGACAAAAGCUGUUCAGCUCUGGCUUCAGUUCUUGGAUCAGAUUCCAGUCUGAAAGAGCUGAACAUGAACAAUAAUAAUCUGCGGGAUUCAGGAGUGAAGCUGCUCUGCACUGGACUGAAGGAUAUCAAUUGUAAAUUAGAGAUACUGAGGUUAAGCAGCUGUGGUUUGACAGAAGAAGGUUGUUCUGCUCUGACUUCAGCUCUGAAAUCAAACCCAUCACACCUGAGAGAACUGGACCUGAGCGGGAAUGAACUCGGAGACUCUGGAGUGAAACACCUCAGUGAUCUACUGAAGAACACACAAUUCAAGCUGGAGAAACUACAUCUGUGUGGAUGCAGUAUUACAGAGAAACAGAGUCUCAUCCUGACUUCAGCUCUGAAAUCAAACCCAUCACACCUGAGAGAACUGAACCUGAGCGGGAAUAAACUCAGAGACUCUGGAGUGAAACACCUCAGUGAUCUACUGAUGAACACACAAUUCAAGCUGGAGAAACUAGAUCUGUCUGAAUGCAGUAUUACAGAGAAACAGAGUCUCAUCCUGACUUCAGCUCUGAAAUCAAACCCAUCACACCUGAGAGAACUGGACCUGAGCGAGAAUGAACUCAGAGACUCUGGAGUGAAACACCUCAGUGAUCUACUGAUGAACACACAAUUCAAGCUGGAGAAACUAGAGUUAAGCAGCUGUGGUUUGACAGAAGAAGGUUGUUCUGCUGUGACUUCAGCUCUGAAAUCAAACCCAUCACACCUGAGAGAACUGGACCUGAGCGGGAAUGAACUCAGAGACUCUGGAGUGAAACACCUCAGUGAUCUACUGAUGAACACACAAUUCAAGCUGGAGAAACUAGAUCUGUGUGGAUGCAGUAUUACAGAGAAACAGAGUCUCAUCCUGACUUCAGCUCUGAAAUCAAACCCAUCACACCUGAGAGAACUGGACCUGAGCUGGAAUGAACUCAGAGACUCUGGAGUGAAACACCUCAGUGAUCUACUGAUGAACACACAAUUCAAGCUGGAGAAACUACAGUUAAGCAGCUGUGGUUUGACAGAAGAAGGUUGUUCUGCUCUGACUUCAGCUCUGAAAUCAAACCCAUCACACCUGAGAGAACUGGACCUGAGCUGGAAUCAACUGAUGAACACACAAUUCAAGCUGGAGAAACUACAUCUGUGUGGAUGCAGUAUUACAGAGAAACAGAGUCUCAUCCUGACUUCAGCUCUGAAAUCAAACCCAUCACACCUGAGAGAACUGAACCUGAGCUGGAAUGAACUCAGAGACUCUGGAGUGAAACACCUCAGUGAUCUACUGAUGAACACACAAUUCAAGCUGGAGAAACUACAUCUGUGUGGAUGCAGUAUUACAGAGAAACAGAGUCUCAUCCUGACUUCAGCUCUGAAAUCAAACCCAUCACACCUGAGAGAACUGAACCUGAGCUGGAAUAAACUCAGAGACUCUGGAGUGAAACACCUCAGUGAUCUACUGAUGAACACACAAUUCAAGCUGAAGAAACUACAUCUGUGUAGAUGCAGUAUUACAGAGAAACAGAGUCUCAUCCUGACUUCAGCUCUGAAAUCAAACCCAUCACACCUGAGAGAACUGAACCUGAGCAGGAAUGAACUCAGAGACUCUGGAGUGAAACACCUCAGUGAUCUACUGAUGAACACACAAUUCAAGCUGGAGAAACUACAUCUUUAUGACUGUGGCAUUACAGAUGUUUCUUCUUUAACUCAGUGUUUGACAAAAACAGAAACACUGCAGUUUCUAAAAGAGCUUGAUCUGAGUUUUAAUGAGAUCAGAGACUCAAAGCAGCAGCUCAUUGAUGUGCUACGAGACUCAAACUGUAAACUGAGAGUUUAGAGAUCCAUCAUUAGAAGUAUAUAGAAGAAGAUUUCAAUCUUCAAUUGAGGAUAAAUGCUGUAUAUCACAGUUUGAGAUCAUCUUGAGAGGAGCAGUAAACAUCAGAUGAAGAUCCACAGAAGAACUUCACUAUGUGUCUAUGAGGAGAAAUAAAUGUGUGAUAAAUGUUUAAAUAUGAUUCAUACAGGUGAAGAGACUCAGACUUUACAAUCAAAUAAUGCAGCAUGUGUGUUAGAAACAUGAUAUUGAAUGAUUAAUAUUGAUUUAAUAUUUACCCUAAUGAUCAUGUUUCAAUUAAAGCUAAUCAGAGGAAGAAGCUCAGAUGAGUCUGACUUAUUUGUAUUAAACCCAUUCAUAAUGAUCAGUAUAAUAAUGAAUAUGUAUAAAAAAGCAAUUAUUAUGAAGUUAGAUUUGUGUCUGUCUGUUUUUAUUAAUCAUAAAUCCUCUCUUUACAAUAAACAAAGCAGAAACACCAUGUAAAUAAAAGCUGGAUUGUGGAGUUUGUGUUGAACUGAUGAGUUAUAAUGAUGAAUAAAAUGAAUAAAACUGAUGAAUAAAAAUGAGUUAUGUAGGGGAAAAAAUAA